UCGUGUGUGUAGUAGUAGACUACUACUGACGUUCCUCCAGGGUAUUGACAUUCACAACAGCAUCUAGACACAGAGUGAAGUCGGUGUUCAACGCAGCAGCGUACAUUCUCUUGGGCCAGGAAUCUCUCAAGCAUCACAGACGUUCUACAAACUAGGAUCAGUAGAGAAAGGCUGUGCUGGGCACCGGGAACCUUGAUCUCUGUGAGUGAGUGAGUGAGUGAGUGAGUGGUGACGGGGCAGCUAUGGCUGUGAGCUUCAUGUCUAGAGUGGAGGAGCUGCUGGCCUCAAGCAGCCAGGUUGUUUGGAACUUGGCGGAGCAGACCCUCAGAAGGUGGUCCUCUCAGGGGCUCAUGCCAGCCCGCCGCUUCCUACAGACAUGGUGGCAGCUCGGGGACUUCUAUCAGAUGACGGAGGGCCGGAUAUGCCAGGUGCACCUCCUGGACGACAGGAAGCUGGAGCUGCUGGUCCAGCCAAAGCUCUUGUCCCGGGAUCUGUUAGAUUUGGUGUCCUCACACUUUAACCUGAAGGAGAAGGAGUAUUUUGGGCUAUUCUUCAUCGAUGACACUGGUCAGAGUAACUGGCUCCAGCUGGAUCGCAGGGUCCUGGAUCAUGACUUCACUAAAAAGACUGGUCCAAUGGAGCUCAAAUUCCUGGUCAGGUUUUAUAUUGAGAAGAUAACAUUCUUGAAAGAGAAUACAACAGUAGAGCUGUUUUUCCUAAAUGCCAAAUCGUCAGUCUUUAAUGAGAUCAUCGAAGUGGAGAGUGAAAACGUUUUCAAAUUAGCUGCUUACGCCUUGCAGGAGGCCAAAGGAGACUACACAAAUGUUGAAAGCUCCAGAUCGGACCUGAAUAAGCUACCAGUUCUACCCACCAGAGUCCUGAGAGAGCACCCCUCCCUGGCUUACUGUGAAGACCGAGUGAUUGAGUGCCACGAGAACCUGAAGGGCCUCAGCAGAGGGCAAGCCAUUGUGCAGUAUUUGGCCUUAGUUGAGUCCCUCCCUACAUAUGGAGUCCAUUAUUAUCCAGUAAAGGACAAGCAGGGCCUACCGUGGUGGCUGGGAGUCAGCUAUAAAGGCAUCGGACAGUACGAUUUACAGGACAAGUUGAAACCUCGGAAGUUGUUUCAGUGGAAGCAGCUCGAUAAUUUGUAUUUCCGUGAGAAGAAAUUUGCAGUUGAGGUGAACGACCCUCACAGAAGGACAGUGUCCAGGCGUACAUUCGGGCAGACCGGAUCGGUCAUCCACUCGUGGUAUGCCAGCCACUCUCUGAUUAAAACCAUCUGGGUGAUGGCCAUCAGUCAGCACCGGUUCUAUUUGGACAGGAAGCAGAGCAAAUCCAAAGUUGCCACAGCGAGAAGUUUGAAUGAUAUCACCAUGGACCUGACCGAGAUCAGAGCGCCCAGGAUCAGUAAGCUGUCCAGCUUAGAGAGUAAAGACCAGCUCAUCAUGGCCAGCAACGGAUCCCUCAUCUCAGCAGGAUCAGCAGACUCUGAGGUGAGCGAGGAACAGAAGAAGAAGGUUGCUGACCUGAAGAAGAAACGGCAGGAUCUGCAGGACUCUCUGACUCAGAAACUGGAGGAGCUCAAGAAGAUCUGCCUGCGAGAAGCUGAGCUGACAGGCAGUCUGCCUAAAGAGUACCCUCUAGCCUCGGGCGAGAAGCCCCCCGUGGUCCGUCGGCGCAUGGGGACAGCCUUCAAACUGGACGACCUCUUCCCCUAUGACGCGGAUCCCCACCUGAGGAACCUGGAGAGCAGGUUUGCCCUGCAGCAGAAGAUCGUGGAGGCGGCGAUGAAACUGGCCAACGAGGCUGAGCUCUGUAAGACAGUGAAGAAGAAGAGGAGGAGGAACUGCCUAGACGCCAUGAGGAAGCUGCAUGAGAUUGAGGACGAGAUCAACGAAUACAGGGUCAAGAUGGGCAAGAAGCCCACCCAGAGAGCAUCAAUAAUCAUAGCAGAUGAUGUGAACCCCGCCGAACUCAGCUCCCUGUCCGACAGCCUUACUCUGGACGAUGACGAGGAUCUGGGAGACCAGAGGCAACGGUCUCGCUCGGUGCAGUACUCUCCCCGGCCCCACCACUCAGACACCCUCAGUCUCCACUACCAGUCUGAUCGACGGGCCUCAGCUCACAACCAGCUCCAGGACCUCGGCACCAACAGCCGAUUACAUGAUGGUGAAGUCCAGGAACCGUUCCACUACAAUCACGCGGACGCCUUAUCGAGCCACAUCAGCCCUUACAAGCCUGCCUCCAGACAGCCACGUGACGCACGCAGCAUGCCUCCGACUCCACUCCUCACCCGCAAUGCCUACAGCAGUACCCAGAUCAGGUCGGAGGACGGCCCUCAGCAUUUCCGCCAGCGGAGUGGCAGUCUGGAGUCCCAGUCUCAGUUCCUGGUCGAGACCGUGCCCCCGGCGCCCGCGUCCGUCUUGGCACGCCGCAGCAACAGCACGGAGUUCCUGGACGACGGCUCAUCCUACACCAGCCAGUCCAGCGUGGAGUACUCGGCGCCCGGGAACCAUACCCACCGCCCCAGGGACCGACGGCGGGGCAGGAAGAGCAACGUCUAUGCCAACUCGGGCAGCAUGCCCAACCUGGCACAGACUGAUGCCCGCUACAAUACAUACCAGCCCCCACGGGCACCGCGACCCACCACCACGGCCUACUACGUGACGGGCUACCCCAGCUACCCAGAGCCCUACUCUAAUGGCGUCUACAUGUACCACAACGAGUUGGAGGGUCAUUACAACAUCCACCCCUCCUACAACGCCGCGCCGGCCUACCACAGACAUGAUGCGUACAGCGGUCGCUAUGGUGACGACGAGACGGACAGUAUGGCCCAGAACCCCUACGCCACGCUGAGGCCGCCCAGGAACCGCCAUGCUCCGCCCAGGACGGAACACGUGACCAGGAACAUCCAGAAGGCACUGGUGGAGGAGCACCUGAGAGGCUGGUAUCACCGCAACGCAAGCCACAAGCAGCCACAGGCCUAUGACUACAAUCAGAGGGGUUCCCAGCAGAGCCUUGGCUACCAGACCAUGCCCUACUCUUCAGUCUCGUCUCAUCAGUCCUCUACAGUAGGAGGCCGGCCCGGUCACCUGCGUGGCGGUAUGGUAGAGUACGACGUGCCCCUGCCGGUGCAGCAGCAUUACCCCUCCUAUGGCACAGCACAUUACGGCACAGCUCACCACCCCGCCUACAGCAGAUGUCCCCCAGCAGAGUAUGAGUGGAGGCGCUGUGGUAGACUGGAGCCGGGGCCAGCAUGGGCUCCGGGGUCAUUAGAGAUGUAUGACGCUGGUGCCUAUCAUGGUACUGAGUUCUGACCAGCGAAAUGAAACCGCCUAAUCAAAGGCACUGCACUAAAGAAAGGAUCCUAUGUAGAUGUGAACCAAACCGAUCCAUUCAUCGGCAGCCAAACCGAUCCAUUCAUCGGCAGCCAAACCGAUCCAUUCAUCGGCAGCCAAACCGAUCCAUUCAUCGGCAGCCAAACCGAUCCAUUCAUCGGCAGCCAAACCGAUCCAUUCAUCGGCAGCCAAACCGAUCCAUUCAUCGGCAGCCAAACCGAUCCAUUCAUCGGCAGCCAAACCGAUCCAUUCAUCGGCAGCCAAACCGAUCCAUUCAUCGGCAGCCAAACCGAUCCAUUCAUCGGCAGCCAAACCGAUCCAUUCAUCGGCAGCCAAACCGAUCCAUUCAUCGGCAGCCAAACCGAUCCAUUCAUUGGCAGCCAAACCGAUCCAUUCAUUGGCAGCCAAACCGAUCCAUUCAUUGGCAGCCAAACCGAUCCAUUCAUUGGCAGCCAAACCGAUCCAUUCAUCGGCAGCCAAACCGAUCCAUUCAUCGGCAGCCAUACAAACUGCAGCUUGGAUCCAGACGACCAGCGACUUUACUGGCACGAGGGCUCCUCCAAACCUGGAACUAUAGUCUAGCGGUCAGACCUAUCAUGAACGGUCUCAACUUCCACUUUGUGACACUUUCAUGUGCCUUGGACUGCACUUAACUGUUUUUCUGGAUGGAAGAAGGGACCCAAAGACUCAAAUAACAACACUAUGGAAUUCACACUGGGAAGGACCUAAAGUCGAUGUACAGCUGAUUUGACUUCUCCUACACGGAAUUGCCAAAGUGGGUCUAUCUGCAUACAGUCAUAGUUUCUGAAAGCAGAAUUACAACACGGUCACCUGAUCUGAAUGUUCUGUAUUGCUAGAUUCUGUGUGUGUGUUGCGCAUGGAGUUGCACUUGGUGCUGUGGCUGGUUGGAUUAGUUUGAGGGUCUGGGAUGACAGUAGGAGGAUGGAGGACAAUGAACAUGACUUGUCCUGCGUGACCAAUAUAUGGGGAAGCUGUAUGCUCACCAUUACAAUGAAGGAUCUUUCAAACAAUGACAUGUUGAAAUUUAAGGAUGGGAAUUGGAUUUUGAGUGUAAGGAUGCCAACCAAUGGCAACCUGCUGAAACAUUCUCCAGUCUAUCAGUUUCCAGAGCCCAUUCUAUGGUAGCGUUGUUCGUAGCUAUGUACAGCACUUGGCUAUUCUUUGUUGGUCAGUCUUUUUGCACCAGCCAUUUACAAGCAUUUGGACCUCGCUCAUUCUCAGCAAUUUGAUCAUCUUUACUUCCAAACGCUUCAGUCUAACGUGUCGGCUUUUAUACCGUCAAAGACCACAUUAACACUUUAUCAAUGACUGUGAUGUUAAUACUAAGUCUAUUACAGGGCUUCAUUUUGUCGAUACAAAAUUCAUUUUUGUAAUUUUUUUUAAUGCUUACUGCAUCCCAUGCUGGACUGGACUGGUGCUCUCCAUUCCUCAAGAAGGAAUUUGUAUGUCCCUGUUGAUAAUGUAAAUACAUUGUACGGUUCUGUCUGUUUUUAGAGCAUUUUCUUUUGGUAUUUUAAGAAGCAUGUAAUAUAUAGUAAACAAUCAAAUAUUAAGCUGGUUCUUAGUUAUUUGUAUAAUUGAAAUGCAUUUGAAUUAAAACAUACAUUUUGAACUAUA